AUGGCCCUCGACAAUUUAAUUUUCGCCCAGUGCAUCCUGUAUUUUCUAGCCUUCGUGUUCGGGUUCAUCGCCGUGGUGCCUCUGUCCGAGAACACGGAGGAUUUCGGGGGGAAAUGCCUGCUGUUCACGCGUGGGAUGUGGCAGAAUGAGAACAUCACUGUGUCGAAGCAGCGCUUCGUCGUGGAGGAGUGGGGACCCGAGUCCGCCUGCAGCUUCAUCACCUUCGUGGGCAUCGCGUCCCUCAUCCUGUCCGCCGUGCAGGCGUGGAGGCUGCUCUUCUUCCUGUGCAAAGGACACGACGACUCCAUCUUCAACGCCUUCCUCAACCUGCUGAUCAGCUCCCUGGUGGUGUUCACCGUCUUCCUGUCCAGCACCAUCGUCAGCGUGGGCUUCAACCUGUGGUGCGACGCCAUCACCGAGGGAGGAACGAUGCCCAGCAGCUGCGAGGACCUGCAGGACUCCGAUCUGGAGCUGGGCCUGGACAACUCUGCCUUUUACGACCAGUUCGCCAUAGCACAGUUCGGGCUGUGGGCCGCGUGGCUCACCUGGCUCGGCAUCGCCGUCAUGGCCUUCCUGAAGGUCUACCACAACUACAGGCAGGAGGACCUGCUGGACAGCCUGAUCCACGAGAAGGACCUGCUGCUCGGCCGCUCCUCCCGCCGCAGCUCCGACCUCAAGACCGGCCUCAUCUAGAACCCACGCGACGCUCACUCAUUCACUCACUCACUCGCUCACUCACUCACAUGCAACCAUAAGGUCCCGCCCGCCAUCAGAAACACCCACGUUUGCCUACAGACAAUCAAACCCAUUGGCUUCUGCUGCCAUUGACCAGAGUGAAUCAAACGAAAGGCUUCCCUCAAUGAGAAAACUACCGGUUGUUAACCCAUAAAGAGUUGAUAACUCCACUGUGUGAAUUCCUCAAACAUAACCAAAUACCAGAUAGUAUCAAAAGCAUUUAAUGGAACAACCUUUCCUCAACUCAUGGAUUACUUGUUAGUGGCACAUCAUUAAUGACUUAAUGACAGAUUGGAGGACGGAUUAUAUGUGUUAGUGUAACGUCUGCAUGGUCAUAAUGCAUGACAAGUGAAUAGGGUGGUGGUAAAUGUAUAGAUGAAGGGAUUUGUCUUACUUUUGUACUUUAAUAACCGCUUUCCUUUAGGCUUUUAUUCUGGUAGGAUGCGCAUUGGGCCUCGGUGAAGUGAGAAUCCUUUGCAUGCUGCAGCAAAGUGUAACAUCAUGAGCUUUUGCAGUGUAAUCGCACUUUUAGCAAGUUAAAGGAGGUGUUUUAUAAACUCGACACAGUAUUAUAGGUCAAGACAUUUAUGUAACGUGCAGACAUUCCUCAAAAUGCUUUUAGCAAUUCGUGAGAUGAAAAAACAAAUCCCAUCUUGUGCCAUUUAGUGACUCAGGCUUCUCCUUCACACCUUAUAGGCUAUAAACCAAUAUACUGUAUUACUGUGAAUAGACGCACACGUGUACCUGCAUGCAUCUCCCCCUUCGCAUUCCCAUCACACACUUCCACGCUUACAGCAGGACAGCGAGCCGUCGGCUUGACUUCGAUAGGCAACGACAACUUUAUUCAAAACAAUCUGAUCUCAUAGAACGUUGGAACCUAAAAACCCUCCAUGAAGGCACUUCUCCCAAAGUGACUGUAAAUGCUUGGACAGCCAUGAAGUGCAGCUUCCACUGUACGCUAAGUGUGCAUAUACAGGACAUGAGUUCACUGGGUAUUGUUUUAUUGCUAAUGACAGUUUAGUCUGACAGUACAUAGUUGAGAAUAUUUUCUUUCUCCUCAGGCAUCAUGAGUUAUGAUAUUGCUGAUAUUGCCUUUCCUCUGAGCUCCCUGAAACCUGUUAAAUAAAAAAACACCGUUUUACUGGAA